UAUUUGUGAAAUCUAAAAAUUUAUCAAGAGAUUGUUUUCUUCGUUGUAUUUUUAAUUAAGCGAAAGCGAUACACAUUAAAUAAUUGUAUGUAGUAUUCUAGUUUUGUUUAGUACUUCUUUAACAUGAAAACUGACGUGGAAAAGGAAGCUGGAGCACUUGUGCUAAGAAAUUAUGGCAAUUUUUUUAAACAACAAUAUCAGGAUUAUGCGUCGGUAUUAAAAUGUGGAUCGUUUGAUGAUAAUAAGUCGUUUUUACCUAUUCAAAUAGAGUUAGCUCCUGAAGAACUUCUCCCUGUUACGGAGCUUGUUGUAUCAGAUAAUCCUGUUAUGACUAAAAUAUUGGGUAUCUUCACAUCUCUCUGUGCUGAAAUAGCAACAUUGAAAAUUGAAGCAUUUGAUAAGCAUUUCAAAUUUUUAUCUUUGUAUGAUGAAUACACUAGUAGUGAUAUUUCUCAUCAGAUGCAAUCUAUUUGCUUACUGAAUGCAUUUGUGAUCCGUUGUAAUGACACAUUGAAUAAUGUAUUGAGUCAAGUUUUUGCUGUGUUUAGAGAGGAAAUAGUUAAUAUAAAUGGAAUUCAAUGGCAUUACAUUAUUAACAAUAUCGGAGAACUCUUUACAAUAUUAGUUUUAACAGAAUUAUUAAUAUCAAAAUGUUCCAUUCAAACCAAGUGGAAUGCAUUUGUAAAAGCUUUCAAAAGUCAAAAUUCUUCUGGCAGAAGUUUAGACAUCAAUGAAGAUAGACUCAAUUCUGUAAAUGGAGCUAUUGACAUCAUUACAGCAAGACUUAUGAGUGAUGAUGUUGUUCAAAAUUCCCUAAGUAAUUUACUCAACCUAAGAAAGAAAGAUCUCCCUGGAAAAGUGUGUGGAACAGUAAUGACAGAAUUUACCCAGUAUAUCAAGCAAGCAUUGAUUAAUCUUGAUAAAUUUAUCCAAGAUAAACCUAAUUCAGACAACAUGUACAAAUGCAUUAAAAUAAAUGCAUUAUUUGUAUUAAACUGUCACCUCUUCAGUAACAAUGAUAAAAAACUUUUCAAAAGUCUAUCAGAAAUUAAUGCCAAGGCUCACAGCAUCUACAUUAUUGGUAAUGCAAUAUGGUUUCCAGAGCAGUUUCUUCAUAGAUAUAUACCAUCAUUAAGUACUAAUAGUAAUAAACUAUCACAGGCUAUGUUAAAAGCUCGCCAAGCGUACAUGAAUAGCAAAAAAUUAUCACUUGCUAAGGAUAUAAUAAAUCUUCAAAAUAUUUGCACUCUUUGGGUUUUGACAACAGAAGAUCUAUUUUCAUGUAACAACAAACUUAGUGCUUGUGAAAUGAGCAACCAUGCUAAAACUUUAUUGGAUGGCCUCGAAAUUGCAUCUAAUUUAUCACAUUCUGUGCUUUCUUUUAUUAAUUUGCAUCUGUCACUAGGGGUGCCAUUGACAAAAACAUUAUUGAUGUCGAUUUUCGAAUUUAUAGAUACCCUAAAGGCUCUAAAGAAUGUUGUGAGCCGAAAUUAUACACAAAUUAUUAAUUCAAUAACAAUGAUAGUUCAACAUUUAACAUUCCAAGCUGCUUCAUCUAUUCUUGAAGUCAAGAAGAGUAUAAUUGAUGAUAAAAGGUAUGCAAACAAGAGAUUAGAUGAAUUGACUUGUAUUGUGAUUGCUGAGCAAGCUAUUAGAGGAGCAGCUACAUUAGAAAGAAAUAUAGCUACCAAUAUUGCAUUGAGCUUUAUUCCUGAUACUACAUAUUUAGAAGAUAGUUAUAUAAAACUUGGAAUGUUACUAGAAAGGGAACAAAUACUAUUAAAAUUUAUUAAGUCAAUAGAUAGAUACUGUAAUUGCUCUUGGAUCAUAUGGCAUCAAAAUAUCAUUCCACUAUAUUUUCAGCAAAAUUUUAGCACUCAAUUGAAUGCAUUGAAAUUAAAGUAUUUCCUAAUGGUUAUUGAUGAUUGUAUGAGCUUAUUGGAAGAAACUGAUAAAUAUUUUGGUAAACCUCAAUCUAAGGAGUUUAUGUGUAAUGUUCAAAACAUAAUAAAAGAAAAUGUAAUAAACAAUAUGAGUCAAAGCAUUGAAACAAAUUUACGUCUGCAUAUACAUUCCCAUUUACAAUUGGAUGUUGUUAAUCCUCUUACAAUGGAUAUGAUAAAAAAAUCAUUACUACUUAUAGAUAAUCUUAAAGUAAGCUGUGUUUAUAUGAGAGUUGUCCCUGCAGUAGAGCAUUACUUAUCCAAAACAUACUAUAAUCUGACCACUGUAGUUUUAUCUGAUUGGAAGACAUAUGGUGAAAUGCGACAAAUGGCUAAAUUCAAAUUUAAUCUACUGCCAAUUCAAGAUGACCUCCCAACACAAACUUUAGAGCAGGGCCUUGACGUUUUAGAAAUAAUGAGAAACAUACACAUAUUUGUCUCAAAAUACCAAUACAAUCUGAACAAUCAAAUAUUUAUUGAGAAGAGCAGCAACAAUAAACACCUUAAUUCUAUAAAUAUUCGACACAUUGCAAAUUCUAUAAGGACACAUGGAACUGGUAUAAUGAACACAACUGUCAACUUUACAUACCAAUUUUUGAAGAACAAAUUCUUCACCUUUUCUCAGUUCAUGUAUGAUGAACAAAUAAAAUCUCGCUUGAUCAAGGAUCUCAGACAUUUUAGAGAAAAUGUUGGAGAACAUGGAAACAUAUACCCAUACAAAAACGCAGAUAGAUUUAAUAAGGGCAUAAAAGUAUUGGGCGUAGCAGAUGAUGGACAAAGUUAUUUAGAUCUAUUCAGAGACCUUAUCACUCAAAUUGGCAAUGCAAUGGGUUAUGUGAGGAUGAUACGGUCAGGAGGAAGGCACUGUUGUGCCGACGCUACUGCGUUCUUGCCAACACUCGAACCCAAAAAAAUUAAAUCACUAUGUGAAGAAAGUAACUACACAGCAAAAACUUUAGAAACAGCUGAAAACUUAGACGAGAAUAUUGAAGGUCUCAUAUCGAAUUUUAUUCUCGGCACUGAAUACUUUAAGCUCCUAGUAGAAGUAUUUGCACCUGUGUUUCGGAACCCCAAAAAUGUACACCUUAAAAAUUUCUUCAUCAUUGUUCCUCCUCUAACUUUAAAUUUUGUUGAGCACAUGAUAUUAUCGAAAGAUAAAAUGUCUAAGAAGAACAAAGUCGGAGCGGGUUUUACCGAUGACGGUUUUGCAAUGGGCGUGGCUUAUAUCCUGAAGUUAUUGGACCAGGACUGCAAUUUUGAAUCUUUACAUUGGUUUGAUUCUAUAUGGAAUCAUAUUAAAGACGAAAGGCGAACGAUUGAAGAUCAGAAAAACAAGGGAUCAGUGCAAUUGCAGCAAGCAUUGGCUUUAUCAGAGAAGAAACUGAAAACCCUUGAAGAAGAAUAUAAACUUUUAUAUUACAGUCUAACAAGUGCAAGAAUAUUUUUUAGGUAAAAUUAUAACUCAAAAAAUCAACAAUAUUUACACAUAUUAUAAAUUAUACACACAUAUUUAA